AUGUCAAGCUUCCAUGUUGGUGGGAAAGUGGUGGAAAGAGUUGAUCCUCUGAGAAAGAGGUACUGGUCAUGGCGCUUGGACGUGUGGCCUUUUGCCAUUAUCUAUGCUGUUUGGCUGACAACCAUUGUUCCUAGCUUAGACAUUGUAGACGCAUUUAUAGUUCUUGGUGGCCUUUUCGCUGUUCACAUUCUAGUGUUCCUCUUCACCGUUUGGUCGGUGGUUUUUAAAUGCUUUGUCCAAUAUUCUAAGGUAAAUGGCAUUCACCAUGCAGAUGCUUGCAAAAUUACCCCAGCUAAAUUCUCUGGUUCUCAAGAAGUUGCGCAGCUUCAUUGUCGUGAGGUUCUGGCAGGUUCUUCAUCCCCAGUGGAUAUCAAAGAAAUCUAUUUUGACUUUAAAAAGCAACGGUUCAUCUAUUCAAAGGAGAAAGAAACCUUUUGUAAGCUUUCUUACCCUACCAAGGAAACAUUUGGCUACUAUCUCAAAAGUACUGGCCAUGGAACUGAUGCUAAAAUCGCUGCUGCUACUGAGAAAUGGGGACGGAAUGUUUUUGAAUAUCCUCAGCCCACAUUCCAGAAAUUAAUGAAAGAGCACUGCAUGGAACCCUUCUUUGUGUUUCAGGUAUUUUGUGUGGGACUAUGGUGUCUAGAUGAAUACUGGUAUUACAGCCUGUUCACUCUAUUUAUGCUGUUUAUGUUUGAGUCAACAAUGGCAAAAAGCCGGUUAAAGACUCUAACUGAGCUUAGACGUGUAAAAGUGGAUAGCCAGAUUUUAAUGGUGUAUCGUUGUGGGAAGUGGGUGAAGCUCCCGGGGACAGAUCUUCUGCCUGGGGACGUUGUGUCUAUUGGUCGUUCUACUGGUCAGAAUGGGGAAGAUAAGUCUGUUCCUGCAGACAUGCUUAUAUUGGCUGGAAGCGCAAUUGUGAAUGAAGCCAUUCUCACAGGCGAGUCUACCCCCCAAUGGAAGGUUUCAAUCAUGGGUAGAGGAAAUGAAGAAAAGUUAUCCAUUAGACGAGAUAAAAGCCAUGUUCUUUUUGGUGGCACAAAGAUAUUGCAGCAUACACCAGAUAAGACUUUUCCUAUAAAAACUCCCGACGGUGGCUGCUUGGCUGUUGUUCUACGAACUGGGUUUGAGACAAGCCAAGGAAAACUGAUGCGCACAAUAAUAUUUUCUACUGAGAGGGUUACUGCUAACAGCUGGGAAAGUGGGCUCUUUAUUUUGUUUUUGGUAAUAUUUGCAAUAAUAGCUGCUGGUUAUGUACUGAAAAAGGGGCUUGAGGACCCAACGAGGAGUAAAUACAAGCUUCUCCUGAGUUGUUCAUUGAUUAUUACUUCUGUGAUCCCUCCUGAGCUGCCAAUGGAGUUAUCAAUUGCUGUUAAUACAUCUUUGAUUGCACUGGCACGACGCGGGAUAUUCUGUACAGAACCUUUCCGAAUUCCGUUUGCUGGGAAGGUUGAUAUAUGCUGUUUUGACAAGACGGGGACACUGACUUCUGAUGACAUGGAAUUCUCUGGAGUUGGUGGGUUGACAGAGAGUGUGGAUUUAGAGACAGAAAUAUCUAAAGUGCAGGCCCGUACUGUGGAAAUCCUUGCUUCUUGCCAUGCUUUGGUUUUUGUAGACAACAAGCUGGUUGGUGAUCCCCUUGAGAAGGCUGCACUUAAGGGAAUUGAUUGGACCUAUAAAUCUGAUGAGAAGGCCCUGCCAAAAAAGUAA